CAUUGGGUAAGCCCCAUGGUGCUGGCCAGAUCAAAGUAGAACCCUCACCUGUACAGACCUAAAUUUCGUAUCUCUCAACCUGCCACAGCACCGGUUCCAAUCCAAACCUCCGUUCAGUUAUGUUUCUGGCCAAAAGCUCCACACUACUUCGCCCGCUGCUCCUCAACGAGGUGAAGGGAGUAGUGAAAUCCCAGUUCCAGGCAUUGUCACAGGUCGACCGACGUUUUGCCCACUCGGACGAUAGGUGCGCCAGCAAGAAAACCAGGAAAUGCGAGCAGAGCCCACCAAAGGGUGUAGGAUUGCCCCCAAGGAGACGACAACAUUCUCACACGGAUGGCGGGGAUGAUAAGUGCGCGAAAAAAGACGAGAAAAAGUGCGAGAAGUUUGUCUCCCAUAACGCGAAAAAGCCGGAAUGCAAGCCGCCCGUCGUCAGUACUCCCAAAUUCUACCGGCAGCUAAAUCCCUGCAAGACGGACAAGGAGCUCUCCGAGCUGCAUCCCAAGUAUCUGGGUGUGUGGGGUCGAUGCGACAUACCCUACAAGCCAGAGCCCGAUUGCCUGGAUCCCUGUGAUCUGGCCGAGCGCCUGGAUGACAAGUACUACAAGCCCAGCAAGUCCUUGGACCGCCAGUUCGACCAGUACUGGGUGGAGUGCUUCUUCCGGAAGCAGAAGCGCUGCUGCCGCAAGGUGGCGCCUGAGCGCACCUACCGCGUGAUGGGCAAGAAGUGUAUUGGCCCUCCCAAGAAGCCUUGUUUCACCGUGAAUCCCAUGCCCUGCCAACAGGAGGCCAGGCUCAACCCUUGUCCCAAGCUGACUCUCUGCCAGUGUCCGAAGGCAAGAGCCGAUCCCAGCUGUAAGGUGGUGCGUAGGCAUACAAGAUGCCGGCGCCGCGCUUGCCAGUAUCCCAGCUUCUCGGAGUGCCAGCACGAGGAGCUGAACACCGCCAGACCCAUUGAGUGCCGCUGCCUGGAGGUGCCUCCCCUGUGCCUCGUCUACCGGCACGCUCUCCUAAACCGUCGACUUCCAUGUGAGCCCCUAAAGCCGCGCGACGAGUCGUGCUAAAGGAGGCAGACCUUGGAUUGGGGACCCACUCAUGGUGCUCAACUGUAUGCAGAUAAAUUAAUAGUGCUAAUAAAAGAUACGAAAUUUUUGGUGGAAUAAACAUAAUCACAUUAGAA